UCACUUGACCGGAUGCUCCCCUGGCUUGCUCGCUCCCUCCCAAAUUUCUGUGUAAACAUCCAGAAAAUAAUUCAUCAAACCCUUCCGUAUGGCAGGAUCCAACUGUUUGACAAGGUCCUAUUUAACACUGACACUGGCUUUGCUUAUUAUCGAUGCCCAAAAAAUCAGUGGUCAAUACGAGUUCUUCCGGCUAGUUUCAUUCUGGGGUCCAUCACGUUGUAGCCUAAACCCAUGCAAGCGAACACCGCCAGUACCCAAGUUUACGUUGCAUGGGCUCUGGCCAGAUAAUUACACGCAACCUUUGUAUAAUUGUGGCGGCACCCGUUACAUACCACUAAAGGAUCAGCGAAGCAUAAAUGCACGGGAUAAUUAUUGGUAUGACUAUUUCUUGUCAAAACCCCCAUCUGCAAAAGGUAAUUGGCGCAUUGAGCAGAACUUUUGGGCCAUGGAAUGGAAUCGUCAUGGCACAUGUUCGGAGAAUGUUUUCAACCAACAAAACUACUUUAAUCUAGCAAAGACGCUGAUGUUUACCUAUGAUCUUACGUAUAUAUUCUUUAACGCACGAUCUCCAAUCCAAUUGCCGUGGCCUAGAGUUCGGGACGUCAUGUUGGCCAUCUCCAAGUUUACUCAAGCUAGGCCAGAGUUGCGGUGCCGCUAUUAUAACAACAACAAGAUAUUGAUGGAGGUGGUCCUUUGCUAUGAUGUUCUAGGAAAACGAGUGAUCAAUUGUACUCGUCCAGGUAAUGUAUUUUGUGGAAGAAGGUCAAGUAGAAUCUAUCUACCAACGAACUUUUAAUUAUUAUUAUUGUUAAGCGGAAUUACUUGGAAGGAUAUGGUUCAGAGUAGAAGCAUGCGACAUUUUCUAUUUCUUACUUCUUCUUCUUCUUUUUAAUAAAUUUGGUGUUUACGCUAGCUUGUUCUUUGUUCUGUUGUUACUGAAGAGAAAUGCUAGAUGAUGGUAGUGAAUUUUUAUCA